AUGGACAUUCUGGAGGAAUGCGGACCCGAAACAUUGGACGAGCUGAUCAACAACAUCCAGGAAUUGGAACUUGAGGUUGAGGGGUUGCGAAAGGAGCAAGGGCAAGACAUCGUCAUCGGUUCCUGUUGUUUUGGGCGCGAAGGCAGCUAUAAAGAGCCGGCCAACGAGGGCCGGGACCUCUUGCUCUUCCUUCCGGGCGUUGACGGUCUCAACAUCGAGGCUGUGGACCAGUUUGACUAUUUGUCGGGCACAUUCGAUGUAUGGAGCCUGAAAGUGGACGGAAACGACCAAUCAACCUUCGUUGAGCUAACCGAACGGGUGAUGGAUUUUCUUAGCGUUGUUGGCGUGAAUGAGCAGAGGCAAGCGGUCAUCGUCGGAUCGUCGUUCGGAGGCUUGCUCGCGGUGAACGUGGCUUUACAGGAUCCUCAAUACGUGAAAGGGCUGGUAUUGGUCAAUCCCGCCACGUCCUAUGAACGAUCACACUGGCGGAUUGUUGGCUCUUUGGUCGCAAACGCACCGGGACCGGAGGCAUUCGGAAUGGCGGCAGUGCUUGCGCUGGCGACCACCAUACCUGAUACAGCUAUGUUUUCAAAACACUUGAGCGAGCUCGAGGCGCUGCCACCCCAAGAACUCGUAGCAUGGUUCAAGUCUUCAACUGGAGAGUGGUUGGGCCGCAUGUUGGCCCUUUUCGACAAAACGCCACAGCAUCAACUUCAAUGGCGAUUGACGCACUGGCUGGACGAAGGGAGUAAGGUGGUGGAAGAAAGACUUCAAGAGCUUACCUUGCCUGUGCUCGUCUUGGCCGGCUCCGAGGACCACAUGCUUCCGUCGGCUGAAGAAGCCGCGAGACUCUACGAUCUCAUUCCGACUUGCCAGCAGGUGGUUUUACGGGGUGUGGGGCACGCUGCUCUCCACAACCCCGGCGAGGUGAACCUAUGCGCCCUGCUUAAGGAUUCCGUGAUUUUCGACGACCACUUCCGGGACCGGAUAGUCAGCAGCAAGGAGGCCAAGAAAGCUUCCAAACGGUGGCACAAGGACACGAGUGGGGGUGAUGAUCUUCGCCGGGGCGAAGGGGUUGUUGGUGACCCUGUGCUAGACUUCAAGCUAGAUCUCGAUGAUAGGGGAGUCAAAAUGGCCUGGGAAAGCACUGAGAUGAUGGACCGUUUCACGAGCCCGGUGUUCUUCUCGGUAAACGAACGCGGGGAGCUCAACCAUGGUCUUGGGAGUGUUCCGGACUACGAGGAAGGUCGCUCCAUCUUGUUUGUGGGGAAUCAUCAACUGCUGGGCAUCGAUAUGCCUAUUCUGGUGCGGAAAAUACUCGCUGAGAAGAACAUCUUGGUACGCGGGCUGGCGCACCCUGUGGUCACAGGUUGUGGCACUGGUGAUUUGUUUGAAACAAUCAAACGGCAACAGGAAUCGGACGAAACACAGGUGCGGCGCGGAAACAACGUCGUUCUGGUAGGUUGCGCUGACACUUAA